AUGGUCGGCAAGGACUGUGUGGCAAUUGCAUGCGAUCUGCGACUUGGUCUGCAAGCACUCACCGUCUCCAACAACUUCCCCAAGAUCUUCAAUUAUAGCCAGUCCACAUUCCUCGGCCUCACAGGUCUCGCGACCGACGUCAGCACAGUAUCAGAGCUCUUCCGGUACAAGGUCAACAUGUACAGACUGCGCGAGGAGAGAGAGAUCAGCCCACAGACAUUCGCCAACCUCGUGUCGAGUUCGCUGUAUGAGCGGCGCUUUGGGCCGUGGUUCGUAUCGCCGGUGGUGGCAGGUAUCAAUCAGACGACGGGGAAGCCGUUCAUUUGCGGCUUCGACUCGAUCGGCUGCAUCGACUUCGCCAAGGAUUUCAUCGUAUCCGGCACAGCAUCAGAUCAGCUCUUUGGUACUUGCGAAGGCCUGUGGGAGCCGGAUCUCGAGCCAGAAGAUCUUUUCGAAACCAUGUCCCAAGCCCUGCUUUCCGCAGUCGAUCGCGAUGCGCUUUCUGGUUGGGGCGCCCAUGUCUACAUCAUCGAGAAGGACAAGGUGACCAAGCGAUUAUUGAAGGGCAGACAAGAUUAA